UGCCGUCGGAGUGGGAUGGCGAGUCUGUCAGGACCCUGGGGACUUGUGGAAACUGAAAUGGUCAAGUGGUUCCUCCUUCAGCUCGCAUUAGCCUUGGUGCUGGAAACAAAAUGGGCUGAAUCAUCUAGAUGCAAUCCCACAAAAGCGGAAGAGACUUGCAAGGAAUGCAUCAAGUUAGGACCAGACUGUGUCUGGUGUAAGGCAGUGAAUUUCACGAAGGCUGGAGAACCAAAUUCUGCACGGUGUGAUUCUGAGGACUUGCUCAGGAGUAGAGGUUGCAAAGAUACAGAUAUAAUUAAUCCCAAAAAUAUGCUUAAUUUGGAAGACAACCGACCACUUGGAAUACAUAAAAACAAGGUGGUACAAAUAAAGCCCCAAGAAGUUCGACUAACUCUUCGUCAAGGUAGCCCGGCAGUAGUCUCGGUGAAAUUUAAGCGUGCUGAAGGUUACCCUAUUGAUCUGUACUAUCUCAUGGACCUGUCCUAUUCCAUGAAAGAUGACUUGCAGAAAGUAAAAAACCUGGGAAAAGAGCUCCUUGAAGCCUUGACAAGUGUCACUAAAUCUAUCAAAAUUGGAUUUGGUUCUUUUGUGGACAAGACGGUACUACCCUUCGUUAACACCCACCAGGAGAAACUGAAAAAUCCAUGCCCUGAUAAGAAUGAGGCAUGUCAGCCUCCGUUUGAUUUCAAGCAUGUCCUCAAGCUGACAGAUAAUGCAAAUGUAUUCGCUACAGAAGUCGGAAAACAAUCUAUUUCUGGAAACCUGGAUCCUCCGGAGGCGGGCCUGGAUGCCAUGAUGCAAGCAGCAGUGUGUGGGGAGCAGAUUGGGUGGCGCAACGUCACACGGCUUCUUGUUUACACUUCAGAUGAUGGAUUUCACUUUGCUGGAGAUGGGAAGCUUGGAGGAAUCCUAACACCCAAUGAUGGCAAAUGCCAUCUCAAUAAAAAUGGCAUUUAUGAAGACAACACAAAAUAUGACUAUCCAUCUGUGGCUGAGCUGGCUGAUAAGUUGGCAGAAAAUAACAUUCAACCGAUUUUUGCCGUUACAAAUAAAAUAAUGCCAAUAUACCAGGAGCUAAGUACCAUGAUUCCAAAAUCUGCAGUGGGAGAAUUGAAAGAGGACUCCAGUAAUGUGGUUCAGCUAAUCAAAGAUGCCUAUAAUAAUCUUUCUUCUAAGGUGAUAAUAAAGCACAACAACUUGCCAGAUGGGGUCCGGAUUUCUUACAGAUCACUCUGCAAUGGUGAAAGAACAGAAAGUGAAAAGGAAGGAGUCUGUUCAAAUGUGAAGAUUAAUCAGGAGGCAAAUUUUGAAAUCACAAUAACCGCAGAGAAGUGCCUAUCAGAAGAACAAUUAAUUGAGAUCAAACCCUUGGGCUUCACUGAGAAAUUAGACAUUCAUUUGAAGACAGAAUGUGACUGCAAAUGUGAUGAUCAGCCCGAAGUUUCUAUAUACUGCAACAACAAAGGUCAUGUUAAGUGUGGUGUAUGCAGCUGUCUUUCGGGUUGGACUGGCAAGUCUUGCGAAUGUGACGCUGGUAAGCGCUCCACUCAAGAACUGGACGCAGCCUGUCGUAAAGAUAACACAUCAUCCACCUGCAGCAACCAGGGAGACUGUUUCUGUGGUGUAUGCACUUGCCAUACUUAUCCCAACAAAAAAGUUUAUGGCAAGUACUGCGAAUGUGAUGACCAGAACUGUGAGCGAAAUUUGGGUAAAAUGUGUGCAGGACAUGGAAAAUGUGAUUGUGGAGUAUGUCGAUGUGAUGACGGAUUUAGUGGAACUGCCUGUGAGUGUGAAAAUGCCUUCGAGCAAUGUAAACGGAGCUCAGACAGUGAGAUUUGCAGUGGAAGAGGAAACUGCACUUGUAAUCAUUGCACAUGCAAUGCAGGUUAUCAGCCUCCAUAUUGCAAAGAGUGCCCAGGAUGUUCAUCUCCAUGCCCUAACUACGUACAUUGUAUAGAGUGCCUUGGAUUUUCAAGUGGUCCAUUUGCAAAAAAUUGCACUCAGUCCUGUGGGAACUUGCGAUCCAAAAUAGUGGAUGAACUAAAAGGGCAGAACAGUUGUAAAGAGAAGGACUCAGAUGGGUGUUGGAUGACUUUCAUCAUGAUGGAGCUAGAUGGAGUUGGAAAAUAUGAAGUGAUUAUCCAGGGAAAAAAAGAAUGUCCUCCACCCACAAAUGUCAUCGCUAUUGUUGCUGGUGGAGUAGCUGGCGUGCUGCUGAUUGGAUUGGUUAUUCUCAUGAUCUGGAAGUUGCUGACUUAUCUGUAUGACAGAAGGGAAUUUAAGAAGUUUGAAAAGGAGCGAGCAAAAGCAAAAUGGAAUGAUGGCGAUAAUCCAUUGUUUAAACAGGCCACAACUGUUACCAUAAAUCCUAACUUCAAGGGAGAUUGAAGAUGUUAAUAGAGACAAGAUCAAUUUAAAGUGGGUAAUAAUCCACUGUUUCGACAAGCCAUUACUGUGAAUCCCAGCUUCAAAGAAGACUGAAGAUUUUGAUGGAGAUGGGUUCAAAUGCUUCAGAUAUCAUUUUACUAUUUCCACUUGCAGUAUCGCAAACACAGACUAUGUGACAGAUGAGUAAACAGCCAACCUGAAUUGAUUGAACCCAUAAAACUCACUAACUUUGCAUCAGUGAUGUACACCCUUGACAUAUACCCACAUUUUUAGAUGAUAAAAAUCAGUUGUCCAGUGCAAUACAUCUUACCUGCUGUAAAUCAAUCAAUUAAUAAAAUUUUAAGCACAAUGCCUAACAGGUGAGUGAAGAAGUAGCUCUCAUUGUGCCUGUGCAAAAACCAUCUAUCAUCAAUGAGAACAAGGCAGAAAUAAUGAAGAUGGGUUGUAACUGAGCUUUGAUUAAAGCAAGUGAUAGUUACUUUAAACAAUGGUAAUCAAAUGCCAGUUAAUUCAGUAUUCUGGCACUUGCUGCGGUUAUUUUCAAAAAUACCAUUUCCAGUUUUAAUAAUUAAUCUCUAAUAGAAGCUGAAACCUCUAGAUCCUAAAAAAAAGUUUGUUUUUAUGUGCUAUGCAUUCUUUUAUUUGUUUAUGAAAAUAACAAGUUCAAAUGUACGUAGAUGAGAUUAUUAUGUUCUAUGAAGGCAAUGACUAUUUGUAAAUAGUGCAACCUGCUUCCAUUGGUGCUAUGCCAAUCAUGGCUUGUCACAGUGAUGCCAUCGCAAGAAAUCAAAACUCUGCAAGACAAAAAAGCAAAUGUUGAGUUCCAGUGAAUGAGAAAUAAAAUCUGAAAUAUAAACAGAAAAAGUUGGAAGCAAGUCCAGAUCUGCUUAGUAGAUCAGACAGCACCUCUGGAAGGAGAAACUGUCAAUGUUUCUCAUCUGUUACACUGUGUCAGAACUGGGAACAAGAGGGAGAGAAAAAAGUUAGUUUUCAUUUGGCGGAAAGGGUGUGUCGAUGAAAAGGAAUGUCUGUGAUAGGCGAUUCAAGAUAGCUCAAUGGCAGCAGUUACAGCACAUUGAACUUUGUGGUCUGUCUAACUUGUUGUUAUUGGUGAGAUUGUGGGGCUUGCCCAGCAGGCCAUUUUUAUUAGAAGGAUAAGAAUAACUGAGCCAACAUGAUACAGAGAUACAUAAAAUGAUAGUAUUUCCCUUUUGCUGUUUCAUAUGUUGACUUAGUUUUUCUCAAUCUUCUGUCUGCAUGUUUGUAUGGGGGUAUAUGUAGCUUAAGUGUGAUGUUUGCAUGUAAAACCUUCUUUAAUUGCAGAGAUAGUACCAUGUUCAUUUGCACCUGUACCUAAGGUUAAUAAUAUUAUUUCAACCAUGCUUUAUAUGCCUUCCUCAUUGAUAUGUAAACUGCUAAACUUCUUCAAGAUAAGUUUAUCACAAGCUGUAUAUCUUCUUCACCAAAUCCACCCCCGCUGUUAUUGACACUGGUUAAACUGUUUUGUGCACCUGCUUCACUCAUUGCACACCCACUCCAACAACCCCAAGCUCUCCACCCUCACCCUGCCUUCCCACCAGCACAGCAUACAUAGUUGCAUCUGAUCACACAUCCUCGCUACCUUAAGUAGUUCAUUUCAACCUCUAUAAAAUUGCCCGUUUUCAUUGCUAGCUGGUACAUAAUGGUAAUUUGCUUCCUUUAUUACUUACACUCUAUAACAUUUAGCACAUCUAAUUCUGCUCCCCAUAAUCUACUCAAAGCAUGUUAUGAUAGUCAGCAGGUCUCAGCUUAUCUUCUAGUACUUCACUUUAAGAUGUUGGUCCUCCUGGUAACCUGCUUCCCUUCCACCAGCCCUUGUGGUCAAAAUCAAGAAAUUCUGAAUUAUUGAUUUUCACCUCUUGUGCAGUCCGUAUACCUUUCCCUCACUUUGGUGGCAAGUGUUCUUUAAUUUCCUCCCCUACUUUCAGACCUAUCUUGCACGGUCUAGUUCUCCUUCUUCAAUAUCUGUUUCCAUGAAGGUCCAGUACCAUAUAAUAUCUUAGUACAUUCUUCCUCUAUAAGGUGCUACAUAAAUUGUUCUGUGCACUUAUAUCUACCAACCAUGGAUGAAUUUCAAGUCUUUUUCUUUUCCUCCAAGUGUGCCAAUGAUGCUGUGUGAUUUACUUCAAUGCAGUGUAUCUAUUUGUGUAAUCUGCCCCAACCCUAAAACUUUCCAAGCUUCUCUUGUCCGCCCCUGAAUUUACUUCAUCCAUCACAGACAGCCACGUCAUCCAUUUCACAGGCCCGAAGCUUCUGAAUUUUCUCCCAAACUUUUUCCAUCUUGUACUGUUUUCUCUUUUGAUAUACUCUUCAAUGUAUCCCAAUUGGCCAAGGUUUUGGUCAAUUGUGCUAAUAUCUCAUUUUGUGGCUCAGUGCAAUGUUAUUAUAUGAUAAUAGUCCUAUGAAGCAGAUAGGGAUUUUUUCAGUACUAAAAGUAGUAUAUGAAUUGACAUUGAUAUUAUCAAGAUACAUACAUUACCAUGAAUUCAUUUACACUCAAAAUUGGAUUAACUGCAAAAGUCUUCAGGACUGAACAUGUCAUCCAAAUUUUGCUGUACAGAGCACAUAAGGGUGCCGGUGGAUAACUGUGACAGUGAUUUUUUUUAUGUGCAAGCUAUUAAGCAAAACUAAAGCUAAAUUGUAAAUUCAGGAAGAAACUUCAAGGAAAUUACAGUAUAUUAAAAAGAAAGGAAUUUUGAAGACAAUUGUUCUGUUGAAUUAAUCUCUUUGUAAGCUUUAGACAUAUUCAUGCUUUCUUUUGCAUAAUACUGAUCAUAAUUAUUUUGCACUCAUGAAGCUAAUGCUAACUGUAAAAUAAGAGAAAAGAAAUGAACAGAUUUUAACACAAUAAUCCAGAAUAAAGAAAAAUAUUGUAGUUGCCAUUUGUUGUUAUUUUUCCGAGGAACAGUUCUCAAUGUACAGUGAGCAGAAAGAGAAAGAGGUGAAGAAUUUAACCUAAUCCGGCAUGAAAAUCAAAAGACUGCAGAGGCUAAAAAUGGUUUAAAUACUCAGCAGGACAGGCCUCGUCUCUAGGAAGAAGUAUCAUCAGCACUUCAGAUUGGAGACAGAACAAAAGGGGAAAUAAAAAAAGCUUGUUGAGCUGCAAAGAGGGUGGAGCAGGGGGAUGCCUCUAAAAUGGUAAAACUGGGAGGACUAAGUCAAUAAACUUUCAAAGUUGUGAUGCAUGGGAUCCACAGAGAAUUGGUCAAUUGGAUUCAGAAUUGGCUUGCUCAUAGGGGAGAGAGGAUAGUGGUUAAUGGGACUCAUUCUGACUGGUGAUCCAUGACCAGUGGUGUUCCACAGGGAUCUGUACUGUGAUACCUGCUGUUUAUGAUACAUGUUAAAUUAUUUAAUGAAAACAUGAUGGGUAGGUUAGUAAGUUCACAGACAAUACAAAAAUUGUUGGCAGUGUGGAUAGUGUAGAAGACUGACAAAGGAUACAGUAGAUAUUAAUUGUUGCAGAAAUGGGUGGAGAAAUGGCAGAUGAAGUUAAUCUGGCUUGGUGUGGAGUGUAAUCCUUUGGGAGAUCAAAUGUAAAGGGUUAGUGCCAGUUUUAAUAGUUUAACAAAGGGAUCUUGAGUCCUGGCCCAUAGCUCCCUGAAGGUGGUUCCACAAGUUGGUAGGGUGGUAAAGAAAGCAUAUGGUAUACAUUUAUUAGUUGAGGCAAUGAGUUCAAGAAUCAGGAAUGUUGCAAACUUGUAGAACUCCGGUUAGGGCACAGCGCAAGGACUUCAUUCUAUCUGGUUGCCCCAUUAAAGAAAGGAUGUUGAGGCUUAGGAGAGGAUGCAGUAAGGGUUUACUCGGAUGUUGCUGGGUUUAGAGGGCAUGUGCUAAAAGAAGAGGUUAGACAAACCUAGAUUGAUUUCUCUGUGGUGGCAGGCGCUAAAGCGAGAUAUGGUAGAGGUUUGAGAGACAUUGACAGGGAUUUUUUUUGGGGAUUGGAAUACGGCAUACUUUUAAGGUGUCUGGAAUGUGUUCCAUGGGUGGUGGAUGAAUAUAUGAAUAUGCAGAGAAUGGAGGGAUAUGGAUAUUGUGAAGUAUGAAGUAUUAGUUAGGUACAAAACACCAAAUAUAGGAGGAAUUCAGCAGAACAGGCAUCAUCUAUGGAGGGAAGUAAACAGCUGACGUUUUGGGCCAAGACCCUGCUAAAUUUCUCCAGCAUUUUGUGUGUUGUCCCACAUUUCAAGCAUCUUCAGUCUCUCCUGCAUCUCAUGCAGUCAGGUGUUUAAUUACUAGUUCAGCACCACAUUGUGGGCUGAAGGCCUGGUUAUUGUGCUGUAUGUUCUAUUUCAUCACCCUUAUUGAAUGUCUGACAUUAACUAUUACUUCAGUCUUUAAAAGAGCCAAAAAAUUUACAACAGUUAUUCUUAAUUUAAAGAAUGGCCCCAGCACCUCCUCGGACUGUGGUCGUUGUUGGUGAAAACAAUGCAUUUCACAGUAUGUUGUGAUGUACAUAUGAAAAAUAAAGCUAAUCUCUAA